UCAACAGCAAUAUAUAAAAUAUAUUCAAAAUUUGUAUAAAUAUGACUUGAAAUUUUUGAUCCCAGAUUUCUUUUCUCAGAUUUCUUCCUAGUUUCAGAUUUCAGAAAAUCAGAUUUUCUCUGCUAAAAACCCUACUGGGUCAAUUAGAAAAAAAAAGCUUGAUUCAGUCUUAGUUUUGAAGAAAGGGGAUUUUCCUAGGGACCCAGUUUUUGUUUCAGUGCCGCACAAUCGAAUUUCUGUUGGCUUUUUCUAAGUGCACUUCUUCGAUUUGAUUUACCCCUGGUCCUGCCCACUUUGUUUUCCGUUUCUGUUCUAACAGUCACUGACAGAAAAGAAAUCCGACAAUUGGUUUUCUGUGCGUUGCUGAGUUGGAAGUGAGAGUGGCAUUGCCAAAGUGCAAUUCCAUUGAAAGAAAGGAAGUUUUGAUGAGAGGGCAAUGAGAGGGGCGUGUGAGGAUUCAGAGAGAUUAAGAUGAGUGGUGGGUCAUUGGGUAUUCGUUCUGGGAGUUAUGGCUCUUUGGAGAAGCAGCUGCAGCUGCUGCAGCACAACGGUGUGUCUCCAAUUCAAUCAGCACGAAAGCCUCCCAAGACGCUGAAGGAGAAAGACAGGUUCUUCCUUUGGAUCUUCAAGUUUGCGGGCAGAAAGAAGGUGGGAAUGCUCUUUCUCUUUGCAAUCUCUGCUGCCGUUUUCAUCUGGGUUUUGUACAUUGGAAAAGGUGAAGAUUCACAGGAGGGAAACG